AUGGCUAUGCGACGAUUCGUGGCACGUCGAGGAUCACCGGUUGAGAUCUAUUCCGAUAACGGAACGAAUUUCCUUGGCGCCAAGAACGAUCUCGUAGAAGAAUGCAAAACCAUCAACACCGAAUUGGCAACGACAUUUACGAACACCGUAACCAAGUGGUACUUCAAUCCGCCUUCCGCGCCGCACAUGGGAGGUGCGUGGGAGCGCCUUGUUAGGUCUGUGAAAACAGCGUUCUUUGCGAUGACCACAUCUAGAACUCCAAAUGAAGAGACCUUCUCCACCGUUCUCGUCGAAGCUGAAGCAGUUGUCAACUCUAGGCCCCUAACUUUCAUCUCAUUGGAAAAUGACUCACAGGAAGCUUUGACGCCGAAUCAUUUCCUGCUUCUGAGUUCUACAGGCAUCGGUCAGCCGCGUAUGAAAUUCGUUGAAUCUGGACUGGCCCUUAGGGACGACUGGAAUCACAACAGGCACUUGGUUGAUAUUUUCUGGCAUCGCUGGGUGAAGGAGUAUUUGCCCAUCAUCGCGAGGCGAACUAAAUGGUUCGAAGAAACAAAGUCUCUGGAACCAGGAACUCUGGUUGUGAUAAUCGAUGAAUCUAUCCGAAAUGGCUGGACCCGCGGACGUGUUUUGGAUGUUAUGAAAGGAGCUGAUGGACGAGUACGACGAGCAACGGUGCAAACUUCUAAAGGACUCAUUACCAGGCCGGUAGCUAAGUUAGCGGUUUUGGAUGUCGCCCCCGAAAAGGUUCCACUGGGUGCGGGAGGCAGUUGUCUCCAUCGGCCGGCGUCGUUGGUGCUGGGCGUCGCAUUGAAGCGCCGCCGCGUGUCCGGGAACGAACCACCAGUAAAGGUGUCGUCCGAGACCGAAACCGAGCCCGAGAUUGGUGAAGCGGAUCAGCAACCGGCCGACCGAUGUAGUGCUCAGAUUCAGGAACCGCUGCUUCAGGAGCCGUCGUCGCCGUCCUCAUCACCGUUGCCGUCGUCGUCUCCGUCGAUGGCCGCUAUUGAUUCAGCGGCCUGUAGCUACAAUGAAGAGAAUCGCCAACGUUCAUUAGCUGUGUCCAAUGUUAAACUGCAAGCGUAG